CUAGCGCGACAUACUGUAGCAUCACAUCGUCCCCAGUCACUUGCAUCAACAGGCUCAUACUUACACCCAUGUCUAAGUGAUAUUAUGGCCUCUCCCUCCUCGCUUGAAGAUGAAGAGCUCAGGCAAGCCAUUGCAAUGUCUCUUGCGAACACCUCAGUACAUCCAGGUGACGAGGAUGACGACGACGAUGUUCGCCGAGCUAUCGCCUUGUCGCUCUGCCAAGAUACACCGAGCGAUGCGCAAACAGUCCCUUUGCCUGGGUCUCAAGUUGAUUCAGUCAUGGGAUCGCAAGCUGCAGCAUGUACGGACAAGCUUUCGCAGUACGCACCAGCUAGUGCAACCUCCAAAACCUCCACUCAACUCCUCACAGACACAUCGUCGACCUCCAAACCGUCGGAAUUCUUAGGUCUGGAUAGGAAGGCUAUGGAGAGUGAACGUCUUGCGAGGAUGGGUAAACGAAAACGGAGUGCUUCUCCGGAGUUGCCAUCGAAACAGCCCACAAAAGCUCGUGUCGCGGGUCCAGCAGCUCAACAGUCGACCACGGAUGCACUCCAGUACCCUCGUGGUACCGUCAAGCGCACGUGGGCGACAAAACGCCCUCGUUCGAAUGAUAUCAAACUUGAAGAAGUCCUCCAAAGGAACACUCUCAACAUCGCUGUACUAAGUGCUUUCCAAUUUGAGAGCACCUGGUUCCAUGAGAAUCAAAUCGAUCCUUACCAGGUCAAACAAAUAUGGAUCUUCAGUGCAAAAGGUGAAGGUCUCCAAGAAAAACUGCGGCGUGAGGCUGCAGAAUCGCAAAUUCCCAAUUUCAAAAUGAUAUUUCCACCAUUGCCGGGUCAAUCACUGAAUAUGCAUGGGAAGCUCAUGUUACUGUUUCAUCCAAAACAUCUACGUAUCGUAGUUCCUACUGCAAAUAUGAUCAAAGAAGACUGGGGCGAGACGGGCAACUCGUGGCAACCUGGUGUGAUGGAGAACACGGUCUUUUUAAUAGAUUUGCCGCGAAGACCUGAUGAAAAGGCAGCGGUAGAGAUGGACACCAAUUUUGGGAAAGAGAUGUUCCGAUACUUGAAGGAGCAAGGAGUUACUCAAAAUGUCUUCGAAGGCCUUUUGAAGUUUGACUUCGGCGCUACAGCGGGUUUUGCAUUCGUGCACUCUAUCGCUGGGACAACUUCAGGUCCGGAAAGAUCUCGGACAGGUCUGCCCAGUCUUGCGAAGGCGAUCCAAGACCUCAAACUCGACGAUAUUGACCGACUUGAGAUUGACUAUGCAACAUCUUCGUUGGGUGCUCUGAAAGAACCUUUCAUGAAGCAGAUGUACCUUGCUGCGUGCGGACUGUCGCCACUUUCCGACACCAAAAUCAAUGUCAAUAUUUUGGAUCACUUCCGCGUAUACUUCCCGACCAAAGAAACAGUGACCAACAGUACGGGAGGGCCCGACUGUGGCGGGAUCAUCACACUCAGCCGCGAUUUUUACAAUGCAUCUACGUUUCCACGACAAUGUCUUCGAGAUUACCAGUCCACACGACCGGGGCUUCUCUCUCACAACAAGCUACUUUUUGCCCGAGGUUGCAAGAAAGAUGGUACACCCAUCGCGUGGGCGUACAUCGGGUCAGCAAACCUGUCAGAGGCGGCGUGGGGAAUGCAAAAAGUCCUCAAGAGCGGAAAAGAAGGAAGCUCGUUAGUGAGGAACUGGGAGUGCGGAGUGGUGGUGCCUGUGCCAGCGGAGAAUCUCCAGAGUGUGGGGAGCGGCAUUCCACCCAUGAGUGUUUUUGCGGGAACUGUCGAUAUCCCGUUCGUGUAUCCUGCAUCGGAGUAUGGCGGAAGAGAGCCUUGGAUAUUUCGAGGCUAG